UGGUAGGAUUUAUGCGCUAUUUUCUAAAAGUAAUAAUUUGAAUUCAAUAAUAAGGGAUAGCAAAGUUUUCUUUUGAGAUGGAUAUAAUUAAUAUGGUGAGAGAGUUGGUAGAUGAGAAUUAUUUUUAAGGAUUAAAAGAUGUAUUUCUAUAUUUAUAUAAUAAUCAAAGUGGUGGAGGAAUAUUUGAUAGAUAAGGUUUCAAUGUUGGACAUUGGGUUGAAUUGAGUGAUAGAUUUUAAGAGUAUUUAUCCAUAUUAUUUUUAAAAUAGUAAGAGUUAAUUCAUUUAUCAUGGAGAAUAUAUAAAAGGCAAAAGGUUUGGUAGAUGGAAUAUUGGUUUUAAAAAGGAAUGCCAGAAAAAGCCUGAAUGGAUGCUUGAAAUAAUUAUAAUUAUCAUUUUAGUGGUGGAAGAAUAUUCACUGAAUAAGGUCAAAAAGAUGGAAGAUGAACUGAGAUUUAUGAUUAAUUUGAUAAGUAUUUUUACAUUUAUAAGCUUUUUAGUGAAAAUUAAUUCAUUUUUGAAGGUUACUAUAAAAUGGGAAAAAUGAAGAUUUAUGGGAUCUUUAUGACAAUAAUAAAUGGAUGUAAAAAUAUAUAUUUUAAAAAUUAGCUAUAUUGGAGAACGAGUU